AUGACCAACAUCUCCGCGGUGAGGGAAUUCCUCCUGCUGGGAUUCUCGGAGGUCCGGGAGCUGCAGCUGGUCCAGGCCGCGCUGUUCCUCCUGUUCUACCUGGCGGCCCUCACGGGGAACCUCCUCAUCGUCGCCGUCACCCUCCUCGACCGGCGCCUCCGCACCCCCAUGUACUUCUUCCUCAGGAACCUGUCCGUCCUCGACUUCUGCCUCGUCACCGUCACCGUCCCCAACUCCAUCCACAACUCCCUGACCGACCGUAGAUCCAUCUCCCUAGUGGGCUGUACCGUCCAAGUCUUCUCGGUGGCCUGGUUUGCCGGCUCGGAGCUGUUCGUCCUCACGGCCAUGUCCUACGACCGCUACGCCGCCAUCUGCCUCCCCCUGCGCUACGAGGUCGUCAUGGACCGAGGGGCCUGUGGGAAGCUGGCGGCCGCCUCCUGGCUCGGCGGGGGUCUGUUUGCAGCAAUGUAUUCAGCUGGGACGUUCUCCCUGUCCUUCUGCGGGUCCAACACCGUCCCCCAGUUCUUCUGUGACAUCCCUCCUCUGCUGAAGAUCACCUGCUCCGAGAAGCACAUCGCCAUCGACGCGACCCUCAUUUUUGAGGCAGCCUUAGGCGUCGUCUGCUUCGCCUCCAUCGCCGUCUCGUACGUGCGCAUCUUCGGGGCCGUGCUGAGGAUGCCGGCCGCCGAGGGCCGGGGCAGAGCCUUCUCCACCUGCCUGCCCCACCUCGUCGUCGUCACUGUUUUCUUCUCCGCGGGUAUAUUUGUCUACUUCAAGCCACCCUCAGACUCCUCCUUGAUCGUAGACCUGCUGGUGUCCGUGUUCUACACGGUGGUGCCCCCCGCCCUCAACCCCCUCAUCUACAGCCUGAGGAACCGCGACAUGAAGGCGGCGAUGGGCAGGAUCCUAAAAAGGUCACUCACCCAGCCUCUGCUCUGGUACAGAAUGUCUCCUUCCUUGUGUAGAUAA